AUGUGGAAGCUCCUCCCAUGGUCCGGCAGGCAGCCAUCCGGGUAUCCACAGCGACAAUGCUUCUUCUGCUGCACUACCAGCAUCAUCCUCCCCCCGUAUGGACCUGACAACAAGGCUCAUGGAUCGAGCAAUGUCCACACUCCACAUCCUUCCACAGUCGCAACGUCAUGCACUACCAUCAUCUCCACCGGCACACCCAUCAACUGGUUUUGCUCGCAUUGUCACUGCCAGAACGUCACACUCGAAGAUGGCACCCUUGUUGAACAAUAUACACGUCCAAUGUGGGACGAAGAAUGGAAUCGAAAUCGAAGCCACCUUCUUCAGCACACUCGACCGUCAAAGUCAGGCAAACCGGCCAAGACUUCCUCACCAACCCAGCCCAGAACUUUGCCCGGCAAAGACGGAUUUACAUUCUGCCACACGUGUCGAACGAACCAAGUGCUGAGGCUCAACAUGCUUGCCGACUAUCUGCCUAGCGAGGAUGAUGCAGAAUACCGAGAGAAGCUGGAGGAGCUGCCGGCGUACGAGGCUUCGAUAGCUGCGAGAUACCCAGCGGUCUGCGCUGAUUGCGCGCCGAAAGUGCAGGAGAGGAUAUCGGAAAGAGAUCAGUUCGCUCGUAGUUGGAGCUUGGGCAAGUGGCUAGAGCUGAAGAAGAAGGCUUCGCUGGCUGACUUGGCCGAUGGACAAGGUGCGAGAGGAGCAAAAGCGUCAGUCUCUUCAUCCGAUCCGAUACCGUCCAACACAAAGGGUGGUCUUCGCUCUGCCACAACGGUGCGACUCGGCAUAGCAAGUCGUAUAAGCGGCAUCGUAGACUCUGAGCACGGCUCAAGGCUGGCCAUGGCUGUCUUUGUGCUUGUCAAUGCGAGCAUAUGGGCUGGAUACCUGGCUGUGUGUCUGAAUCCAGUUGCAGCGGCUUCCAGCGUGCAGCUAUUCCGAGAUCGCAUCCAGUCGCAGCCGUUUUCCACCUACACAGCGUCGGCCGCGUUGCUCGCUCUGUUGGCCACACCGAAGUUGCUACAGAAGUGUUCGCGCUUCGACCCUCUCAAACGCUCCUCCGACAAGGCACGAGCGCGGCAGAUGCGAGUCGAGGCAACUGGGCUGCAACUUUGGCGUCUAAGUCAGCAAAUCAUCCUCUCUGUUCGGAUCACAAUACUUGUUCUGACAGCCAUUGCAUCCUUACGCGCCGAUAUGUUGGACAGCGCCAUUUGCUGGCUGCAGCGGGAUCCGACCCAACUCUUGUGGCUCUCGGCGCUCACGAUGUUGACCAGUGAAACCAGCAUUACCCUGCUCGCUGCAUCUCAGCUGAGAUUAGACUCUCCUACACCGCUGCAGCUUGUAUCGAAACCUAUUGUACCAAAUGGUGCUCCCAGCAGGAUCGAUUUUGCUAACGACCCCCUUCUCACUAGUCUCAGUCUUUGUGCUGCCGCACCGCAAUCCAGUCAGUCGAACGGGUUCGGAAUGGCUACCGCAGGGUCGCAAGAGGACAACGAGACAUUCUUGCCUCAGCCUCAACGAGACGCAGAUGGAGACGCAGUAAUGCAAGAUGCUGCUACCUACACUGCACGUCGUGCAUCCAUCUCAUCCGAACAAGAAUGGGAACAAUGCUCAUCACAAAUUGCUCCCGCACCAGCACGACCAUCAGUAUCGACUUGGUCUAGCAAUUCCUUUGCACCCGCUUCUGCGGCUACAUCGACUAGCAUCAACAGAAGCAAUACUAGAUGCCCACCGAAAAAGUACAACAAUUUUCAAUUGGGUCCACAGCGGUUUUGGGAACCACAAAACCCGACUGGAUUGGAAGAUGUUUUUGGUCGGGCUGUCUCGCUUGAUGAUGGACCACCCCAGCAUGCUCAGCAGCGGGAUGAUGCCGAGAGUGGCGGUGGGAGCUGGAGCAAGUGGUUUGGGUCCUCAUAA